AUGACCUCAACUCCCCACCUCACAGCCCUCCAACGCGACGGCUUCGUCGUAAUCCCCUCACUCCUCACCGCGGACGAAAUCGCCCACUACCGCACCACAGCCACGCACGCGACCACCCUCACGCGGACCGGAAAAUGGCCACACUUCCGCACAGUACCGAAGCAAUUCCCACCAUGGCCGACGACCCCUCCUCCCGCCUCCGAAGGCGGAAUCUGGGGUGUGCAGCACCUCCUGCACCCGGAGAUGCCCGGGCGAAGUGAAUUCGCCAAGUUCUAUUUCUCCGAGAAGGUGCUUGCCGUGGCGGAGGAACUACUAGGUCUGACAUCAAACACCAACACCAACGGUGAUACGCCCGAACCAUUGGUAAUGGAGCUCUUCAACCUCCUCGUCGCGCCGGAGACCAAAGAUUUCGAGCUGCGCUGGCACCGCGACGAUAUCCCCGAGACGGCAACCCCUGAGGAAGAAUUGAAGAUGCUGCAGGAUAAGAGUCCGAAUGGGAAACAGUCGCAUGCGCAGUAUAAUCUGGCGUUGUGUGAGGAUUCGUCCUUGAUUGUGAUUCCGGGGUCGCAUAGAAGGGUGCGCACGGAAGUGGAGCGCAAUGCGGCGCCGUAUGAGCCGGAGUUGCCUGGGCAGUUGGUUGUUCAGUUGAAGCCUGGGGAUGCGGUGUUUUAUGAUAGUAAUAUUCUGCAUCGCGGGGUGUAUAAGUGUAAGGAGGAGGGUGGGGAGGAGACGAGGCUUACGUUGCAUGGGAGUUUGGGGCUGAAUGCUCCGUCUGAGGAUAAGAAGGUGAGGGCUACGGCGGUGUUGCAGCAUGGGGUUGGGGCUUGGGUGCAUCGCGAGGAUGCGGCUUUUGGGAUUGGGGAGAGGCCGGAGAAGAUGCGUGCCAAUUUGGUGGCGAUGGGGAGUGGGGAGGGGGUUGGGUAUUCUUUGCAGGGUUAA